AUGGUCUCUUCCUAUUCGCUGAGACAAAUGUAUCCCAACAAAAACUCUUCUAAUUAUACCCAAAACUCUUCAAAUUAUCCUUUCAACUACCCAAAUUUCCCAAAUCCCAACAACUACCCAUUUCAAAAUCAACUUCCCAAUCAAUCACAAAACAUUCCAAGUUACGGUUUUCCACCAAGUUUCUUCAUGCCAUCAGCUGUUCCAAACUAUCAUCCAUAUUAUGGUUCGCCGAUGUCAUAUUCUUCUCAACCACCCGCUUAUUCUUCUACUCCGACGGAUAAUGAAAUUGCUCAAAACGUUGGAGCAACUGAAUUUCCCGAAUUUUCUACACAGGUGACUCUUGGUGGUGUAAGUGAAGCUAAUGAAGCCACUCCUCGUGCAGACAUUUCAACCCCUGCUACCCGAAAAAGCGUCAAAUGGACCACCGAGCAGAAUUUGGUGCUACUGAGUGGGUGGAUCAAACAUGGAACAGACAGCGUUGUUGGUAGAAACCAGAGAAGCGAAUCAUUUUGGGGUAAAAUUGCUGAAUAUUGUAAUGAGCAUUGCUCAUUUGAUCCUCCGCGUGGUGGAGUAUCGUGUAGAAAUCAUUACAAUUACAUGAACCAAAAAUUGGGAAAAUGGAUUGGUGCUUACGAUAGCGCUAAACGUAUGCAACAAAGUGGGUGGUCAGAGCAAGAUGUAUUAGCGAAAGCGCAAGAAAUCUUUUCUGAUGGUGGUACCGCAAAUUUCACUUUAAUGAAAGAAUGGAUCGCUGUUCGUGAUCAGCCACGUUAUGCUAGUCAGGUCGGAGGGAAUAAUGGCUCUAGAAGCAGUGGUUCUAAGAGAGCCCACAAAAGUGAUGCUAGUGACUCCAACUCAAUAGGAUCCACUGCUCGUCCAAUGGGGAGGGAUGCAACAAAGAAAAAAACUAAAAAAAAAGGUAAGGGCAUAGCCUUGGAAGUGGUCAACGAAGAUUUUAAUGAAUUCAAACAAAUCAAAGCUCAAGAGUUUGAACGCUUGGAAAAAUUAGCCAUGUUGCAAGAAGAGGCAAAUGAAAGGCGAAAGGAGGCAAUCCAAAGGCAAGAGGAGGCAAACCAAAGGCAAGAGGAGGCAAAUCAAUUGAUGAAAGAAAAAACUCGGGCUAAGAAAAUGAAGAUGUGGCUGAAGCUAAGUGAAAAGGAACAUCUCAAUGACCAGAGCAACGAGUUGUUCCAACAGUUGAGCUACGAAUUAUUUGGAAAAUAAUUGUAGUCACAAGUGGUUUCUGCAUCAUCACACUCCAUGCUUGUCUGCAGCAUGUCACUUCAUACUUUUGUAAUGUUUGUUGUAAUUUUCUCCUUUAAUAAUGUUGUUGUCUGUUGAUGCUUUAAUAAUGUAUUGUUAUGUUAUGGUUUAAUAAUAUAAAAUCUUAUCCGUCAAUUUCGGUUUUAAAUGGGAGAAUCUUAUCUUAUAAUCACUCAACAUGGUUAAUAAAGCUGUCGAGUGCCCGUGACUUUUCAAUCAAUGCUAUCCGUCAAUUUCAGUUUUAAAUGGGAGAAUCUUAUCUUAUAACCAC